AUGAAGUGUCUCCCGGACGUCCCCGGCCCAAAACUCGCGCCUUUCAAUGCCAAAGGAAAACAACCGCACAUAGACUUCAUUGAAUGUAUCGGCAAUGGCCUGCAUUCCCUAGUCUGGAAAGUGCGCAUUGACGGGAAGCUUUAUGCAUUGAACAUCUUUAAUUUCUAUCGCCAGAAUCCCCCGAAUCAUGUCAUUGAAGAGACUCUACUCAGCGAUGCGGAAGAAUACUCAUAUUUUCAGGCAAUUCCGAAUGAGUGUCGGGUGUAUGGCAGGCUAAAGGAGUUCGGCCAGGAGCACCUCGCUGUCCGGUCAUAUGGCUACAUCCUACUCCACAAGUCGCAAGAAAACUUUCUGGAACACCACUACAACAAAGAUGGGCCUCCUUCACGAUUCGACAUUAUCUUCGAAACCGGACAUAGACCCAAGGGCAUACACGGAAAGUGCAUCCCCGCCAUUGUAAAAGAGCUCGUCGACAUAUCCCAGGAGGUGGACCCCGGGCAGUACAUGGUACCAGCACACAUCCCCAAACUCUACAAGAACUUGAAAACGCUACAUCAUCUGGGGAUAUAUGUCCGCGACCUUGAGCACUGGGGCAAUGUCUUUGGUGAUCGCUACCUCGAUUUCAGUCAGGCGUGGACUGCACCACACCCAGCGUUGACCAAGCAGUGCAUUGAGAAUGCUCCCUACUUUCCUGGCCUUAACUAUCACCCCAGCAGUGAUGAAUGGGAUUUAGAGCAACUUAAGGUCAAGAUCAAGAAGGAAUUCGAGAGCAGUACGGGGCUCGGGAAGGCGCGGUGGGAGCGCGAGGGCUGCCGGGCCAUGCGGCUCAAGGCCGGCAAGGAGGUCAUUGCCCGUUUCGAGGCCGUGGGCAAGGGCAAGCGGAAGAAGGGCACGGGACAGUUUGAGAUCUCGCGGGAUGGGCUGGGCAGGAAUCAGCUGGAGGAGGUCCUUAUCUCGUGUCUGGUUGGGAGCGAGAGGAUGAGGAGGGCUGGGGAGCUGGGUGGGGAGAUCUUGCAGGAGGGCGCUUGGGAACUCUUCAUGGCCAUCGCAAUCUCCCUGGACAAUGUUCACGACAACCUGACAGAGGAUGAGGAGGCCCUCGCUGCGGAGGCCAUGAGGGUAUUGUGGAAUGAGCGGAUGCGCGUACAGUUUAAGGGAGAACCGUUCUCAGAGCCUCCAGGAGUCGGGGCCACCAGUGCUUCCGAUGUCAUUCGAGCCGAGGUCGUCGAGACGGGGCCGACUCACAUGGCGUGCACUAUCACGACCGUCGCUGACACCAGCGGAUUGCCAGGCGGGCUCGAGUUGAUCCAGGUCCUCGUGAAUCCUCGAGACAGUCAUCUCGCUCUGGUUACCAUCAAGUACAUCUGGCACAACAAGCUACCGCCUCGGAGGUGGUGGUACCAGUCUGCUGCCAUCUGGGUGCAGCUUACUGGCCGCCGCCUCAUACUGUUGAAGAUGGUCAAAGCGUUGACUAAGGAGGAUUGGGGAUAUGUUGACGACGGUAUGGCGAGCGAGGCGAGGGGAAGUAUGAGACCUGAGCUUUAG